AGAGGCACCAUGAGGCCCCGCGUGCUCCUCGCCCUGCUGGCCCUGGCCGCACUCUGCCUCGCUAGCCAGACAGAUGCCAAGCCCAGUGGUGCAGAGUCUGAGAGAGGAGGAGCAGCCUUCGUGUCCAAGCAGGAGGGCAGUGAGGUGGUGAAGAGACUGCGGCGCUACCUGGAUCACGGGCUGGGAGCCCCAGCCCCCUACCCAGAUCCCCUGGAGCCCAAGAGGGAGGUGUGUGAGCUCAACCCGGAUUGCGACGAACUGGCUGACCACAUCGGCUUCCAGGAGGCCUACCGGCGCUUCUACGGCAUAGCCUAG